CGCGGCACCUCCCGGGUAUUGAGUACUUCUCUACAUUCAUCUCAGGUUCACUUCUUGACUCAAUUCACAACCUUUUGGUCUUUCCAUCGGAUCUGUCCGUGAUUUCUCAACCAUAUCAUUCCUGGGGACACAGGCAAGAAGUUCAACUAAUUUGUCGCUAAACGUCCCGGUCCUCAAUCUCAGCCAGUCUACCACAGCAAAUCAGGAUUCACAAUCCAAAGACCAACACCAUUCCGAAGAACACAAAACUCAAUACCUCCAAGCCUAUUACAGUCAUCAGGAGCAUGGGUCCCAAACUUCUCAAGAAAGGGGAGAAGUUCCCUCUCGAUGAAAAUUGUCACCACUACACCAAACUCGGUGAAGUCCCCUGGGACAUCCAAAAAUACUGGCACCAACGGUUCUCAAUCUUCGAAUUCUACGCCUACGACAUCCACCUCACCGACUCUGCCUGGUUCGGCGUCACGCCCGAACCGGUAGCCACGCGCAUCGCACGGGACCUCUCCACUCACCCCAUCGCUGACGGAAAACGCGUGUUAAUCGACCUCUUCGGCGGCGCCGGAGGCAACGUGAUUGCCUUUGCUCUUUCCUCGGGGAGAUGGGAUCGCAUCAUUGCUAUCGAAAAGGACAGGUCGACGCUGGCCUGUGCCCAACAUAAUGCGGAAGUGUAUGAUGUGCUGGAUAAGAUUACGUGGGUGCAUGGUGAUUGCUUUGAGGUUAUGAAAAGGUUUUGGAAGACGAAGGGCACGAAGGGGAGGGGAAGGGAGGGUGGAGAGGUGGCCACGGGGCAGGAACAAGAGGAUGACAACGAGGAACUGGAUGGCCUCCUAGCGGGACUCAAGCUAGAAGAGUGUCUUGUCUUCGCCUCGCCGCCCUGGGGUGGCGUCUCGUACCGCGAUCAGGAGGUUUUCGAUCUUAGCAAGAUGGAGCCGUAUAACCUGGAGCAGCUGUACAAGGCAUGUACGAUGCCGGAAGAAGAAAAGGAGGAGCACCCAUCGACGCAGAAGCAAAAGCAUAUUCUGCCGCAGGCGCUGUUUUUGCCUAGGCAAAGCGAUUUGAACCAGAUUGCCGCUCUGGUACCGGAGGGUGCUCCAAAGAUUGACGUGAUUCAGUAUUGUCAAAAAGGAGCAAGCAAGGCGCUGGUGGCUUAUUUGCCGGGGAAUAUUGACGCCGACAAGGAGGAAAAGAAACAGUACGAGGAAAAUAGGGGGCAAAAGAAGAGAAAACAGGAUGACGAGCAGGAGCAAACAAUACCAGAGCUCCUCCCCGAGGCGCCAAAGGAGGCGUUGGAGGCCCAUGACGCUUACGACACCUCCUACGCCCAGGACAUCGAAAUCGACACCUCCAAAGCGGACAACGCCGAAAAAAGGAAGCGAAAACGAAGGAGACGCUCAUCGCACAACAACUAG